GAACUGGCCUACCCGCUUCGAACUCCCUUCACACCAUCCCGCGCUACAUUUCCAUUCUUAUCCUUCAAUAUUCCCAUAGGAUUUCCCAUUCAACCACUCAACCACUCGUCUUCCAACCAUAGUUGACUGACCUUCCUCCACCUAACAACCCGUCGCUCAUCGACUUGAUCAUCUUACCAUACUACUACGAUAUCACCCAUUUUCGAAUAGACAAUUCAUCAGUACAGCCCUAUUUCUCCAUUCCUAGGCCGAUUUUCAUAUCGGCUGCCAUUUGGCACUAACGUGCGGUCUACUUCUCCGACGCACACGCUUAGGUCCUUUGUCUCUUAAUGUCGGGCGAUUCUUCCGGACAGCCCCCUUCAAGCCCAGGACGUUAUCGCACCGCCGACGAAAUAGUACGUUCCAUACUCGAUGGUGAUGCUUCAGCCUCCGAUAUUAGUCCUUCCGGAGAGUUAUAUCGGGCUAUAGAGAGAUACUAUCCUUACCAUCGGCCUAUAAGCAAUACACGGCCGGACAUUGCGCGGAAUCACUUCGGUCGUUCAAGCCAGCGGUCUUCGUUGCGGAACAGUAUGCCAUUGGAGCCUAGCUCGGAAGCGCAGCGAAGAUUUUUAAGAGAAUUACAAAACCCUGACCCAUCACUUCUGUACAAUUUGCCUCCUUCAGCCCCAUACCUACCGCCACUUCGCUCUUUGACUAGUACCCGACGACCCGUAGCUAUGCCUGUGUCCGGUGGUGUACCCGGCGGGCGUCAUGCGCGACCACGCUCAGAUCGAUAUUCGGCCAGGCUCCGUGGUGCGCAUGAGAAUCGGAAUGAAGCUGCUGAAGAAGCUGGAGAAUUUUGGGAGCGUCUUGAGCCUCAAUCUUUCGAGCGGAUCCCACGCGGUACUCGGCGAUCCGUCGCAGAGCAAAUACCCGAUACACAACAACCGAAUUCGGAAGGUUCACAAGAGGCCAGGAUAUCUGAUUAUUUUCCCGAUACACAACAACCGAAUGGAGAACGUUCACAAGAGGCCAGGUCACAACUAGAAGCACUCUUAGAUUUCACCAAUUCUUCCAGUCAUCCAUAUUUUGAGCCUGCUCUCUCAUCGCCACGACCCCCUCCUCCUCCCCAAGAUCCUACAGAGGAUAAUCGAAGAGCUAAGAGGCGCAAAUUAGACUCGGACCGCUUGACUAGCGGCUUCCAGGGCUUCCGAUAUGGGAAAUAUGGUCAGGUGGAACCAGGUCAGCUGACUAUGGAACUGGUAAGCUGUGACGGCGGCAUCUAUUCAGACGAUGGCCAGCGGUACGCCGCGGAAAACAUUCUCAAGAAUGAUCAAUCCGUCUAUUGCACCGAAGGACCGAGGUGUAAUAUUGUCCUAAGGCAUCAGGGCAAUACCGUCUUCACGCUAAAAGAAUUGGUCAUCAAGGCGCCCAGGUCCAAUUUUACCUCUCCUGUACAGGAAGGUAUGGUGUUCGUUUCGAUGACAUUUGAUCAUCUCCUAAAUCGAACUGCUCAAUACCAAAUACAGUACUCUACCUCUAGAAGUUCGCCUAGGCGCGCGGAGCGCGAGUCUCAACCCCUAACGCCCAUUGUAUCUAUCAGGCAUAAUGAAGACGGAAGUACUAUGACUCAUGCGCAAAUCAGAGCGAGACGCCUAUACAACAUCUGGAUGGAGGACGAAGACAACAAUGUUCGAGUUGCUCAAAUUCCUUCCGAAUUCAAUGUGCCACCGCCGUUUAGGGUGACGACGGAGUGCAGCGAUGACGAAGGGGAUGAACCAAUUCCCAGGGGCGAUUGGCGACCCCCGAAUAGGAUCGGUUCUUUACCAUUUGAGAGUGAGACGAGCGAGGAUGAAGGCGGCCUAAACGAUUAUUCAUUUCGUGAGGAGUACCACAGACUCCGACGACGUCGCAACCGAUCGAACACGGCAUUGGCAGAGGCAGUAGAAGCAGCACAAGUAGCUACUCAGGAGGCGGUUCGGGCCGUGGGUGGGGAAUUGAUGGUCCCUCACGCACGAUUCUUCAUAGAGCGGAACAAGAGCAAGUGCACUAUCAAGUUUGAUCCUCCGGUAUCUGGGCGGUUCAUAUUACUCAAGAUGUGGAGUCCACAUCGCGACCCAGGUGCGAAUAUUGACAUACAGGCGGUUAUUGCCAAAGGGUUCGCCGGGCCGAGGUAUUUCCCAUCUUUAGAAUUACGAUGAUAAAGUUAGGAGCAGUAGUGACGGGAUUCCCCAAAGGGUAUACGGCCUGGUAAAUUAAAGAACAGAUAAGCUAUGAAGCAAAUGUGCUGGCAUCAGCAAUGACUAUGAACAUGAUAUCAACCUCA